AAAAACAAUAGCGUAAUUACAGAAACCGGAUAUCGGUAGAUGACCAACUGCUUCUAUUUUUAUACUGACUAUGGCAUUUGUUUUGGUUCGUAAAAGAAGGUUCCAUUCUUAAAAGUUGAACUAGAAUUACUGAAAUUGAAAAAGAUAAAUACUGAUGUCUUAUAAUAAGGUUAAAGAGUUCAAAAAUAGAGCGUGUGCUAUAUUAAAACGAAUAAUAACGAUUUAUAUUUAUAUUCUAUACUAGGAAUACUUAAAGAAAAUGAUAUGUUAAAGGGAAACGCAGUUAGCAUUUUUUGAGAAUUUUUUAAGACAAGGAAAACGCAAGUCCCUAUCGACAGUGUUUAGAAAACAAAACGACUAACGAAGUCUGCAUUAUCACUAGUAAACUGAUGACACAAACAGAAACCUGUGCCAUUAUAGCCAUCCACUUGACAAAUGAAUGUAUAUUGUAACCAAAAUACUUCCCAUAAAGAAGAAAUGCUAUGUAUAUAUUUUUAAGAUAACAGGACGAAGCAAAUUUAGUCGCUUUCUUCAAACUCUUCACUGUCUUCGUCGUCGAUGCUUUCAUCGUCAGAGUCGACCAGAGCUCGUUCAUCAAAAUUUCCUCCGAAUCCAAGAUUCUUUGCUAAGGAUUGCAGAUCAGAAAGUAACUAAAUACAUUAGCAUAAUGUACUGCGAGAUGCGUCAAAAAUUUGGCAUAGGCUCUGUUUCAUGAAGCAGUCUGAUACACAAAUUUUUGAAUAAUUUCCCCACGAAAAAAACUUACAGUCUUGUCUUCUUUAAGACGUUUGCUCUUGUGUUCUUCUGUCUCUUCAUCUUCAGAACUGUCACCCUGGCUCAAUUCAGAUUCGUCACUAAGAUACAUCAAUCUUGGUUUUUUUUUGAGCGACUUUAUCCGACUUUGCAGGUUGAUUUUCUUUAGGUUUUUGAGGACCACUUUUCGCCGGUCUUUUCCGAUCAACUUGUUUUUUGGAAUCCUCCCUAUUUAUAGCCUCUUGUUUUUGUUUCGGUCCUUUAUGUCCCUUCUUAUCCGUGUGAGAAUUUUGUUUCUCAAGUGAUUUUUUUAUAUCAUUUUUUAAAUUGCUGAAUAAAGAAGUGUCCAUACUGGGCUGUUUUAAGCGAUGGGAAGGUAAUUGUAAAAGAUUAAUAUCUUACAAAGGGGACAAAAAUCCAAAAGUGUUAGUUGUAAUUGUUUUACCGAAAAAAGAGAGUAAUCAAGACAGAGUUGUCAAAAAGAACAAAAAAAGCAAAACCGUCACAAACUUCCUUUUUACCUUUCCUUAAACCGUAAAGAAGUCUGUUAUGCGGUGAAAGAAUGGCUGUAUAACUCGAUUUCUCAAGGUCAGCAAAGUCGACUGCCCCUACUAAGACCCUACCUAACCUUGACAAAACGAUAAUUCCGGGGUAUUUUUUUUGAUAUACACUAAAAGAAAGAGAAUUGAAUUUCGUGAUAAUAUUCUCCCUUUGGCUACAAUGCAAAAUUAUAAGCCUGUGCUCUUUCUAAAAAAAUUUUUGAGCAAUUUCCCUCUUGUUAAACAUGAUGAUCCUUAUGAAAAACCACCAUUGUCUGUAGAAACCGCUCCUAUUCUAUUUGUUGAAAACUGGAAUAAGGAUCCUGAAUCUCCAGCUCGUGAAAUUUACAGUCGCUUAUGGCAGACAUACAUUCGUCUUACAAAACAGAAAAUAACGGUGGUCAAUGCCUCCUCACAGGCAUCUCCAGACUCAAUAUUACCAAUUCUACAAGUAAACGGCGAAAGACUUGUUUAUAAAUCCGGCCUCUUUGAUCACUUUUUGGUCCAUGGUUACCGGAAUGAAACUAUUACUCCUUGGUUGGACUUACUAUCCGAGUCUGUAGAGCCUGCUAUUCUUUACACAAUGUUUCUUGAUCAAGAAAACACAGAGUCUGUAAAUAAGCGCUGGCUAUACCCGACUUCCUGGCCUUUGAGUUACGUUCUCCAAAGCAGGAAAUCACUUCAAAUAAAACAACAUCUUCUGGAUAAAAUGAAAUCAAUGAACGGUGAAUAUCUUUACGCCGAAGCCGCAGAAGCGUUCAGCCUUAUGGCAGAAAAACUGGGAACCUCUACCUACUUCUUAGACGUUGAAGAACCAUCAUUCAUGGACAUCGCCAUUUACGCCUAUGGUUCCAUCCUUCUUGAGCUGCCCUUACAAAACAGACAACUACAACAAUCCCUGCAACGACACCCGAACCUGGUCUCACUCAUUCAUUCUGUGUCUGACGUCGCUGGAUUUAGUCGACGGUAAGUGACGCUAACGACGCUUUUCAAACUUGCAUAAGGCACUGAGAUAUAAGUGAUGGUUGUUAAUUUAAAAGAACCUUCCUAGUAGCAACUAAUAGUAAAUGCUGCGUACUUCAAUACACGGAAUUUGCUGAUGCGCACGAGAAUUGUCAGGUCGAAACGCAAUAGAUUGCCAUUCCUUGGCAAGAUCCCAAAGGUAAAAAUCAAUUUCAAUUGCAUUCAACGCAUAUUUCGGCAUCCAUUUGCGAAUACAUUCGACUGCCCAAAUGCUGCAGCCUCGCAUUUCCACCUCCAUAACAUCACCGUGAGCAAUUUGUUCAUGAUUCCGCAAACGUCCUUCAAACUCCUCGCUGUAGUCAAGGCAUUCAAGUUGCCACAAAAUCUGUGGAACACGGUAGUCCGCAAACAUGGUAACCGUGUCAAUAUCAUCGAAACGACCCCAGUCUUUGCCUCCGAAACAAGCCCAAGUUUCUGCUACAAGAAUCUGAGCUCUUUUGAGAAUAUAGCAAUUCCGGUCGCGAUAAACGGACGUGUCAUUGAAAUUAGGAAAGUCACGAAGCAAAAGAGUCAGCAGUCGUUGAGCCGAAUGUGAGCAUUGUUUGAGAAGGUUAGCAUAACUCCCGUCAUAUUUUUCAACGAGAACUCGUCCGCCUUCACGAAGAACUUGGAUACGUUCCUUGAGCAUUGGCACGCUCUCGCUUGUUGCACUGGAAAACAUCUCAGCAAUGAGCCCAUUUGGACAACGCUCAACAUCCGCGUAGAACUUUGGAUCUGUAAUAGGAAUACCACGCUCCAACAUGCGGUUUACGGCUGCACAGAGACUCCAAUAACCAGUGUACCUCUUGCCAUGAUACUCAAUGGCGAAUCUCUCUGGAUGACUCCCUGUAUCCUCUACGUCAGUCUUCGACCAGAAGGAGAAGUUUAACAAGUCAAUAAAAAAAAUCCUAACUCACAACACGUUAACCUUAAGAACACUAGACCCUGGGUGCAAACGCUGCAAUCACACCCACCCCAGACUGCCUUUUUCCAAAAGACAUAAUCAAAUGCAUUACCAGUCUAAAGUAGAUGUAUCCUUGGUUUGCGGAUGCAGCUCAUGACUGUCCCAAGUUUCAUAUCGCUUCCCAUGAGCGUCUAUCUCAGCAACAAUCGAUGCUGCAACUCGCUUGCAACCAUCCUCAUUCACUCGAACAUGAACGGCAUUCUGAACAUGUUUGUUAGCAAAUGAAAGAGGACAACCGAGAACGCUCGACGAUAGUCUCUUGAUCAUCAGCAAUCAAGACAUACACCUGCAAUAAAUUUUGAAUCUUCCAGCACACAGAUCAUGAGGGUUCAGAGUAAAAAAUUUUCAAUCGAUUUUAGGUGGAAGUGAAUGGACCCUGCACACCGAAAACGAUAGGAAACUCGGCUAUUCGAACCGCUAGCUCAUUCCACUAUUGCAUCCACUGCUCAGCAGCAGGUCAAAUUUGCCUGCAUGGUCCUAUGCAACCCGGCAAACAACACAACGAGCAAUUAGGCUGUUUAGUUGAGCUCGGUGAUUUUAGCACCGGCUUCCUUCUCCUCAACCUUCUUCGUCUCAGCAGCAGGAGCGGCAGCGGUAGAAGCACCAGUAACGGCAGUGCGUUGGUUGUUGUUGUUACCAAACAAAGAAGGAACGGCAAAAGGACGAGCCAAGGAACCCUCAGCGGGCUUGCCGAAGAGGUGAAUGGAAACCAAGUUGUUGGUGAGCACGGUGAUCAAAGGCAAGAUGGAUUGGAGCACCAAGGGUUGAGAGUAGUGAAGGUACAAGUGCAUGAAGGCCAUAACCAUGAUACCGAAGAUGGUGGACUUUCUGGCGCGACCAAGUUGCUCCAAAUCGUAGUCCAUAACGGUAGUGGCAACACUCUUGCCGGUCUUCUCACCGGAGAAGGGAAUAGGAGGCUCCUCAUAAACCAAGGGAGUACGGUCGUUCUUGGUCUCAAUCUUGGACUUAAUAAUAGCGUAGAUGCCAAAAAUAACAGCAUUGGAAACAACGUAAGCGGUACGAGCGUACAUAACAACUUG